UACACUGCCGGUGCUCUUCUCUUAUAAAUGUCAUAUCUAUCUUCACCCUCAUGGACUGGAAAUUAUAAACUUUUCUUGACCAGCUGAACAGGCAGGAGUAUGGGCAAAUUCCAGUCCAAACUUGCUUCGAGACGUAGACAGAGUCCUGAAGGUGGUAGUUUGGCUUCCAAUGUGCUGACCUGUCAGAGAGAGCUGGAGAGCAUCCACAAAACCAAACUGACAGAGAACUUGUACGUAGAAUUGAGGGCGAACAAGUCUAACCGUAACUGCAACCUCCAUGUGCCUCUUCCACAAAAGAAGACACCUGAUGGAGGUAACAGCGUCCACUUCCAGGUCCAUAAACAGACAAAGACGAACAGCCGUGCUGGUGUCACAGAGUGUAACGCGCCGCCUGACGAGGACAUGCAGCAGGAGUGGGUCUUCACACUGUACAACUUUGACAACAGUGGCAAAGUCACCAAAGACGACAUGUCCAGUCUGAUACACUCCAUGUAUGAGGUCCUUGAGGGGUCAAUAAAGCAGCCGUACAGUGACACCACACCCCUGAAGAUAAAACUAGUUGUAACUCUAUCAGCUGACCCAGAGAAGCUCUCAGAAAUAGCAGCAGAGAAGGAGCAGAGUGUGUCUCAGGAGGGAGGAACCUCAGUAAGACGACUUUAUUGCGUGGAUGAAAACAUAGAGCGCAGAAACCACUACCUGGAUCUAGCUGGCAUUGAAAACUAUACCUCCAAGUUUGACAAUACAGAAUCUCCCUCUCAGGAGCCCAGUCAGGGUGGUCACUCUGCUCUUAAGCACCACCCUGUGGUGAUCAGAGAGAACUGCAUCUCCCCUGACUCUCCCAGAGGCCUCUCGAUCCCCCAUUCCCUGAAAAGCAAGGCCAUGUCAGUGGGGAGAGACAGGAAUGGAGUAGAGGGAAAGUCCUGCAGGUUACAUGGUCACCAUCCUGCUUCAUGGUGCCAUCCUUCGCAGUCUCAGCCUGCUGCACACGGCGUCCCCCUGCAACGUGCUCACAGCAAGAGGCUCCGCUCCAGGGUGCAAGCUACUGCCUCGCCACUGAGACCCACACCAGGGGGAGAUAGGGACAUAUAUUCCAACCUUCAGCCAUCCUGUAGGGCCCUGGCCUCUCCAGCCCGGAGACAUGAGCACCAUCACCACCACGAGCACCAUCAUCAUCAUCACCAUCACUACCACCCUUCGUAAAAGCAUUUUAAGCACAUAUAAGACAGGUGAGAAGAGCUGGUAUAGACUAUUGACCUGAAAUGGGGUAGUUUUGGUGGUCAAACUCAGCAGGCCUUUGAAUCACCUCAUGAUAUCGGGAACGAAACCCUAAAAGAUCACCUACACUAAAUCCAGUAAGGCCAGUUACAAGUUUACUGAAUGCUGCUUUUAUAGACAUGUACAAUGACAGGUUCCUCUCAGGUAAAUUGCCACUUAGCUUUUAAAUUAUUUAAAUGCACAUUUUGUAGAAAUACAUGUAGUUUGAACAUAGUAAAAUGGUGUAGAAAUUAAUAUACAGUAUGUUUUUAAUUCUGACAGGCCUGGCCAAAUAUGUGUAUCAUUAAACACACAUUUAGAGAUUCAGUGUGUACGAUUUAGGGGCAUUUAGUGGCAUCUAGUGGUGAGGAUUGCAAAUUGCAGCCGGCUGAAACAUCUCCCGCUUAGAAUUCCUUCAGUGGUCGUUGUUCAGGAGGUUUUUGU